UACUUUUUUCCCCCACUGUAUAUGGGAUUGGAAAAGAUGCAGCGAAUUACAUUGAUAGAAGCCACAACCUAUCUGCAAUAUUAAGCUGAUCUACCACCUAAAUUUUUUUUAUUUUUUUUUAUAAUCUGGUCAGACAAGAUUAAUGAUAGGAAUGCAGUCAUACCUCCAUUUCCUUACCACGCAGGUAGGAGGAGCUCUAGCUAAACAGGACAUGAGAGUAGAGAGCUCCAAACGACUUCACUGACAUUGACCUUAAAGGUUUAGAAGAAAACAGACAGGAUAAUUGGCACUUAUCAGAAUGGGUUACACUGCACUCCUUGCUCUUCUGUUGAUCCUUCACACGGUAAAUGGACAGACUACUACAGCAACUCCACCAUUGAGCCCUACUGAUCCACCAUUGAGCUCAGCAGCCCCACAGUCAAGUGGGACUCCUGUCCAACAAACAAGGUCAAAUGAUCCACUGUCAAGCUCAACAGCCACUUCAUCCUCAACAACUUCAUCAGUUGGUAUAACACCCUCGUCAACAGAUGUAACACCCUCACUGGUUGGUGCCUCAUCUCAAGUGUCAAACACAGACAAUCCUACAUCUAUUGCAACAACUAAAGCAUCAAGUUUGACGCAUCAACGUCCAAAUGCAACAGCUCUGCCAUCAAAUGUAACAACUCCAUCUACCAAUACAAGCUCUCAGAGUGCAUGGACAACUCUGGCCACUACAGGCGGGUCAUUGAAUACCACUCAAUAUCACUUUGGCAAUUUAUCGACACCAUUUCCUGGGAUUAGUGGAACUAGCCCAGUUCCUCUGGUGGCUUCAUUCUCAAGGAGAUGUUCUUCAAAUCCACCUCUGUGUUGUCUUGGGCUCAACAAUUCCUGUUUCAGAGGGUGCUUCUGUGAUGUGGCCUGUAUAAGGUUGAAAGAUUGCUGCCCAGACUUCCAGACUACUUGUGUGACAGGUGUGCAGAUUGGAUCAGCCACGGUGUCCUCAGUCUCCAACGCAACCAAUGCAACCAACGCAACCACCGCAACCAAUGCAACCACCGUAACCAAUGCAACCACCGCAACCAAUGCAACCACCGUAACCAAUGCAACCACCGCAACCAACGCAACCAAUGCAACCAACGCAACCAACACAACCAACGCAACCAAUUCCACUUCCACAUCAUUCCCAGUGUUCUCAUUUCCAGGAAAUUGUUCUGCACGGCCGGCCUUGUGCUGUAAAGGCGCCAACGUGAACUGCUUCAGAGGGUGCUUCUGUGACGAGGUUUGUCAGACUCUAAAUGACUGCUGUCCUGACUAUGCAGAGACCUGCACAAAAGACAUUCAGAGGGUGAUUGGUAGUGGAACUAUAUCCAUUCUUGCUCCACCCAAUUCAACUGAUGCGUCUCUUGAAGUGUCUAUUCAGAAUGCUGCAUUACAGCUGCAGACCUAUCUCAAGACAACAUACACUGAAAUCAGCUCCUUCAGAAUCAUCAAACUUAAGAAGACCGGAAAGACUUAAUUUGUAAAUCUGCUCAAACACAUCGAAAAUAUGUGAUUGCAUUUUAGAUUAGAUUGCAUUUUUCUUUCUCUCUGUGUGAUGAAACUAAACAUAAUUGAUUAUAUUACAACGUAAAGCACUUGUAAUAGAUACUUCUAAUGUAUAUCUGGUUUGACGGGUACAAUGUGGGAGAACAAUAAUAUGUGAAUUGUAUUGGUCGCAUACACAUAUUUAGCAGAUGUUAUUGUGGGUGUAGUGAAAUGCUUGUGUACAGAGAAAUGCUUUGCACGGCUGUCUGUGGAUGAGAUGUGUCUUUAAAUGUAAUUUCUCAAAUAAAUUGUCAGACUUAUUGGACUAAACAUUCAACAUGAAAGGAAUCAUACAAUACUUUUCCUCCCUGAACAAACAGGAAGUUGCCAGUAGAGGUCAUAGUAACACAGUUUUCCAUUGCAUGAUGCUUUCCUUGCCUUUCUCCUGUAUAGAGUAAACCACCUUUCUUGAUCUGGGUAGCUUCUUCGGUUUUACCAGCAGGGGUCCCCAGUCCCCACUAUACAGUAGUGGACAUUUUUAAUAUGCCUAGAAAUGGCUUCUCAUCUCAAUAUCCUGAAACUCUAGGACACCACCAAUGUCUGAAUGUUAAUGUUACAAUUCGAUAACUCAGACAGUUCAAUUAUUAAUUUGCCUUUGUAUCCAGGGAUAUUUAUGUUGUGUUUGUCUCCACUGACAGUGUCUGUCACAUUUGCCCAGUCGGCCUAUAUUGAUGCAAACCUAAUGCAAUUCAACUGGUUAAUUUCAUUGAUCACAUUACACACUCAUUGUAUUUGUCUCUCAUGAAGGAAUGUAAUGAUCUAGUCAUGUAUCAUCACCUACUAUCCUAAACCAUAAUGGUUACAAUCUUCCUGCUCCUUAAAACAGAUGAGAUAAUACUAUUGUUAUUAUAGUGCAAUAAUGUGGAUAAUGCUUUUAGUGACGAAGACAUAGACCGUUAAUGUUGCCAUAAUGAAAGAAAGACAGGACUAACGGAAAAGAUGUGUGACGGAGACUCUUGCGCUCUGUCGCGCGUGUGAAGGAGAGCAAAUUAGAUAGAAAGUGGUAUCUAAGAUAUUUAGUUGGUAGGAACAUCGAGGAAUAGAUCAGAUAUAACAAAAGUCAAGAAGUCAACAAAGCAAGUGUUUAACAAUUCAACUGUAGAGCUAUUAUGUGAUCGUGCAUUUGAGAGAGGAUGAAGGGAGGGGCUAGAGACCAGGAACGUACUGAAUUGGAUGACACCGUGCGGGCGCAAGAAUAACACAUAAUGGAAUUAAAGGAAAAGGAGAUAUUCUGAUGAAUCAAAAUUGUUUUUUCUUUUUUGGAAUACAAAUCUGUCGGCUUGAAGCUUUUAAUUUCGAGAUUGGACAUAUACUUUAGCCUGCACGUAUCGGACAUUUUACUAUGAUGCGGGGCCCUCGCUGUGCAAUGAUAAAGGCUCGACAGUCGCCUUUGACAAUCUGUUCAAAACGUCUGAUGAGUCUUUUGCCGAGGGGAUCCUGUUAGAAUAUGGCCGAAUCUAUAGGAAGGUGUCGGUGUGCUUCUAAUCGAAAUAACGCACUUUUCGAGGCUGAUCCAUUCGAAAUUGGGCGACUGUAAUUGUAUAGGUCAUCUCUCCAUCCUUGUCUGUCUGCUGGUCUCUCUCUAGGAUCUCUGUCCUAUUGGUGCGAUGGCCUUCUCCUUUCUGGCUUUCCUGAUCAUAUCUGUCCGCACCCUCCUAUCCCUUGGCUGCCCAGUGGGAUGUCGCUGCUACAGCUUGACUGUAGAGUGUGGCUCUAUGGGCCUCCGGGACAUCCCCUCACAUGUCCCACCCUCCACACAGACCAUCUUCCUCCAGGACAAUGUUAUCGGGCAGAUCAAUCUAUCUGACCUCUCCCAGCUGGGCCUUCUGCACUGCCUGUAUCUGCAGAACAACAGUAUCACAGCACUGGAGCCUGGGGCCUUCCAGAGCCAGGGUAAUCUUCUGGAGCUGGCCCUCAACGGGAACCGCAUCCACCUGAUAACAGGAGACAUGUUCAGGGGCUUGGAGCACCUCCGUAUCCUCUACCUGGCAGGAAAUGACAUCACUCGCGUACAGGACUAUACCUUCAGAGGCCUACUGCGUCUUCAAGAGCUUCACCUGCAGCAAAAUAACAUUGAGAUGCUGGGAGACCAGGCUCUAGUUGGUCUGUCCUCUCUUGCCCUCCUUGACCUCAGCCGGAAUAACCUGCACACCAUCGGCCCUGCCACCCUGCGGCCCCUUGUCAGCCUGCAGGUGCUGCGUGUCACAGACAAUCCAUGGCGUUGUGACUGUGCCCUGCACUGGCUGCGCAGCUGGAUUGAUGAGGAGGGCCAGCGCCUGCUGAGCUCUGCCGAGAGACGCUUGGUGUGUUCCGAGCCGCCCCGCCUUUCCCACCUCAGCUUGGUAGAGGUGCCUCUCAACAGCCUGGUGUGUAUCCCCCCUCUGGUGCAGCUGGAGCCACGCCGUCUGGCCGUGCGCCUGGGUGAGAGCCUACGUGUCUCCUGCCAUGCCUCUGGUUACCCUAGGCCACAGGUCACCUGGAGGAAGGCGUCCCAGGGCAAGGUGCAACUAUCCCCGCGGGGGCUGGUGCAGGACCUGGGCAGUGUAGGGAGCGUGGGGGCUGAGGAUGCAGCACACUCAGGGCGGGUGAGACUCCAGAAGGAGGAUGGGGAGCGCUUCGAUCCAGACACGGGCAGUGGAAUGCUUUUCCUCAGCAACGUGACGGUGUCUCACGCCGGGGUGUAUGAGUGCGAGGCCUGGAACGCUGGAGGGGUGGCCCGUGUGACCUUUCAGCUAGCAAUCAACUCCUCGUCCUCUUCCGGUUGGUCCCCCGCCUCCUACGCCCCAUCCUGGCCUCGUCUGCGCGCCAAUCGGCCAACAUCGUCAGACGUGAGGAGAGAGCCCCUGUACGCCCAUGGCAGCAUGGCCUUCAACACGCUGGGAGCUGCUACACAGACUGCCAUCGCCAUAGGGAUCUCCCUACUGGCCCUCACUGCCCUUCUCCUGGUGGCCAUGAUCUACAGCCGGCACCGCCAGCGGCAGAAAGACACAGAUGACAAGGAGGAAAGCAUACUGUAUGUCAAUGAUUACUCAGACGGACCAACAACCUUUGCCCAGCUGGAGGAGUACCGCGAUGAGCGCGGGCAUGAGAUGUAUGUUCUUAACCGCGCUAAACCCAUCAUCCCACCUUCCACCACAGCUGAUACCACCACCCUGGGGUACCAACAGCAGGAAGCACUGUCUCCCACAAAGCCCCAGAUGGAGCCCGAUAUACGGACAAUGAGAAGGAUGGCAGGUGAGGGCGUGGAGGCAGAGACGGUGACAGCCGAGUCAGAGGGCUUGUUUCUGAAUCACACAGGGUUGUUCCUCGACUCACAAUUUGCAUAUGAGAUCCACUGCUGAAGGCCCCCAGGAGGACAUUCACUGUGAGCUAGCCCAGAGUGCUUAAUGUCACUUUUCAGAUGGAUGUCCCUCUGGUGGCCAAACCUCUAGACUGCAGAUCAGAUGUAACAACGAGAGUUCAGAUUAAUCAUAAAUCCUGAUUGCUCUGUUUCCAGAGUGACAAGCUUGAGUAGCAGUGAGAUAUAAAGACAUGGCGGCACCUCUCCUGGCGUCAACCAAAACCCCCACUGUACUGUACCUUACUGUGAGCUGAAAAAAUGUGUCUUAUGUCAUGUUGAUUAACUCCAACUUGAAACUAUAGUUACCAUAUUAUGGAGAAACCAUUAGUGGAGUGAGUCACGUGUAGUGGAAAUAACCUUAUUAUGAUUCUACUGUUUUACAUCAACUAAACUGUGUUAGGGGCCUAAACAGGCCCCCUUGGCUGAACGCUGAGAGGUUGAGAAUUUAAUGAGUACUGUGUAUCGUAAGUCUAUCAUAAAAUACUUCUUUGUGACGGAAUACUGAGCUACCCAGAUCCUCCAUUUUCUAGUCUACAGCCAUUGUCUUCGGUCAGAUGGCGUCAUUCUAACGCAACACACGUCAGUGCAGACGGCCGUCGUGCUGAUGCAAGACAAUGGUCUACAGCAUAAUAUUCCUUCCAAAGAUUUCAUCAGUCAAACAACGGUAUACAGUCAAACAAGCUCCCUCUCCUUCAGGUCCUGUUCAUUUCAUUAUAGUGCCUUACAAAAGUAUUCAUCCCCCUUGGCGUUUUUUCCUAUUUUGUUGCAUUACAACCUAUAAUUUAAAUGGAUUUUUUAUUUGGAUUUCAUGUAAUGGACAUACACAAAAUAGUCCAAAUUGGUGAAGUGAAAUUAAAAAAAGGACUUGUUUUAAAAAAUUACAAAAAUGUAAAAGUGGUACGUGCACCAGUUGUGGAGAAGUAAUCAUCAGGGUUGGGUUAUAAAAAAGUAUCUGUAUCUUUGAACAUCCCACGGAGCACCAUUAAAUCCAUUAUUUUAAAAAAUUAGAAAGAAUAUGGCACGACAACAAACCUACCAAGAGAGGGCCGCCCACCAAAACUCAUGGACCAGGCAAGGAGGGCAUUAUUCAGAGAGGCAACAAAGAGACCAAAGAUAACCCUGAAGGAGCUGCAAAGCUCCAGAGCAGAGAUCGGAUUAUCUGUCCAUAGGACCACUUUAAGCCGUACACUCCACAGAGCUGGGCUUUACAGAAAAGUGUCCAGAAAAAAGCCAUUGCUUAAAGAAAAAAAUUAGCAAACACGUUUGGUGUUUGCCAAAAGGCAUGUGGGAGACUCCCCAAACGUAUGGAAGAAGGUAGUCUGGUCAAAUGUAGCUUUUUGGCCAUCAAGGAAAAUGCUAUGUCUGGCGCAAACCCAACACCUCUCAUCACCCUGAGAACACCAUCCCUCAUCCAUCAUGCUGUGGGGAUGUCUUUCAUCGGCAGGGACUUUGAAACUGGUCAGAAUUUAAUGAUGUUUGGCGCUAAAUACCAGCUGGACAAUGACCCUAAGCAUACUGCUAAAGCAACACUUGAGUGGUUUAAGGGAAAACAUUUAAAUGUCUUGGAAUGGCCUAGUCAAAGCCCGGACCUCAAUCCAAUUGAGAAUCUGUGAUAUGACUUAAAUAUUGCUGUACACCAGCGGAACCAAUCCAACAUGAAGCAGCUGGAGCAGUUUUGCCUUGAAGAAUGGACAAAAAUUGUAGCUCCCUCCAGUAACCACGAGCACAACUGUUCCUUGAUUUUAACUGGCGGUUUUAUUCUGUAGUUUUAGUCAAAAUUAUCACCUUCCGUGAGAACAAUAAAGUAAAUGAAAAUACAGUUAAUCAUUCUUACAACUUUCUUGUCUUAUGAGUAACUUAUUAGCUUGAUAAGACUCUGAAGUGCUUACAUACAUAAAACAGUUUAGCCGGAGAUAUAACAGUAUCAGGUUAAAGACAUGAAUAAAGGAAAAAUACCUAAUUGGCUGCUUAUUACAGAAGGGAGGAAAUCCAAAACUUUACACUUCUUAUUCCUGACAUGAAUUCACGCUUCAUCCUUAAUUAUUAUAAUGUUGCCAUCCUAACCUAACAUAAACAUUUCAACUGUUACAAACUACACCCGAAGACAUUAAUAACCUAUCUAACACAGCGUGGGAUUGCCUUCACUCCAAAAGUGCCUUGCUACGAUAAUAAUCCCCGUUAUAACAGUUCUUAGCCACGUAGUUCCGCUUGUCUUACCAUUUCCCCCGCAUAGCGAACACGUAAACAAUUCAAACAAAAACAACGACAUAGACUCAUAGGUUAAUUGUCAGUUACAAAAAUCCCAGUGGCUAGAUGUGCCAAGCUUAUAGAGACACCCCAAGAGACUUGCAGCUGUAAUUGCUGCAAAAGGUGUCUCUAAAAAGUAUUGACUUUGUGGGGGUGAAUAGUUAUGCACGCUCAAGUAAUUUUUUUUGUCUUUUUUUGUCUUAUGUCUUGUUUGUUUCACAAUAAAUAAUAUUUUGCAUCUUCAAAGUGGUAGGCAUGUUGUGUAAAUCAAAUGAUACAACCCCCCAAAAAAUCUAUUUUAAUUACAGGUUGUAAGGCAACAAAAUAGGAAAAAUGCCAAGGGGGGUGAAUACUUUCGCAAGCCACUGUAUAUUGGUGACAAAAUAUAUAUACAACAAAAUGUCAACAUGCAUGAACUGAAGAUGAGGAGACGUAUUGCAUUUGAGGGCAUUAUCAGAAAUCAUUGACCUCCUAUAACUUUAAAUGAAUACUUUUUUAAAUCCAUGAAAUUCCUGUAGGGCUCAGCUUAAUGAUGAAAGUAUUUUUGUCGCUUGUACUUCAACAUGUUUUUUAGUUGACAAAACAAGGCCUAAUGUGAUUCAAUGUUGAUUUUUUUUAAGAUAAAGAGUGUUCAAUAGCUUUCCAGAAUGAGGUUAAGUUUAGGAAAAGGGUUAGGGUUAGGCUUAGCUACAAUCCUACAGUUGUCAACAACUGUUGUCCAAGACGUGACCAGUAGAUAGAGCUGGAGCAAACGUCCUAUUUCAACAACGAUAGAGACGUUUACAAACCAUCUGUGGCGACAAAUCAUCAGUAUAUCAUAACACUGGACAUUGUUGUGUUUGAGGAGGGAAGAGUGAGAAAAGCCGUGCAAUCUGGUAUUAAAACACUGGAUUGUCCUCCCCUUGUAAAACUGAAUUUCAAGCUCUUAAUUUCAGAUGUUUUUAAUGCAUUUAUUUAAAAAUGUAUAUAUAUUUGUGGUUUAUAUUUAUUGUGUUUUAUUCCUUUUCCAAAUAAAUACAAUUAGGAAAA